AAAAAAAAAAAAAACCAAUUUACCUUUUUCCCCAGUCAAAAAUUCCCUUUUCCCCCCUACUUUCUCCCCCUAUAUCUUCCUCUGAUUCCUCUAACUUCGUCACUGAGAGUAUUUUCCUUAAGAGAUUCCCAAACUUAGGGGAAAUACCCAUAACCUCAAAUUCAAGUUCUUGAUGCUUAUUCACCCCCCCCAAAAAAAAAAAAAUUCUUGAUGCUUCAGUUAGUUUUAUCACAUUCCAAUCAUUUUCUUGAGUUAAUGUACGUAGUUUUUGUGAUCUCACUUGCUAAUUCCAUGUUUGCAGUUUCUGGGUUUUCAUUUUUAAGCUUUGUUGUAUCCCCUUCCAAGCACUUUCUUUGCUACCAAACAUUCCCGUAUUGUUGUUUCUCCUUCUAACCUGGAAUUGCGGUUGUAUCUUCUUGACCUGAAUUGAAUUCACACCAAUUUAGCCCUUCUCAACUUCAUUGUUGCAGUUUCUGGGUGUUUCAUUUCUAAGCAUUGUGUUAUUCCUUUCCAAGCACUUUCUUUGCUACCAAACAUUCCCGUAUUGCUAUAUUUCCUUCUAAAAACUUGAAUUGCUUUUAUGUCUUCUUGACAUGAUUUGAAUUCACUCCAAUUUAACCCUUCUUCACAAACUGAGCCAAAAAACCAACAAACCGAACAAACUUGAGCCAAAAAACCGACCAACUGAACCAACCCGAGUUUAAAAAACCCAUGAACCGAGCCAAAAAAACCACGAAUUGAUCCAGCCCGAGCCCCAAAAGAAACAGCGAACCAAAUCAACCCAGUCAAAAAACCAACAAACCGAACCAACCCGACCUCUUGUGAUAAUCUUUGUGCAGUUUCCAAAUGGAAAAGCUCAUGACUUGGGAGCAAGAGAGACUAAUCAAUGAGUUAAACCAAGGGAGAGAGCUGACAAAGCAGCUCAAAAACCAUCUUGACCCAUCAGCAUCUCCUGAAUCACGUGAGUUUCUGAUUCAGAAGAUACUUUCUUGCUAUGAAAGAUCAAUUUCAAUGCUCAAUUGGGGAGCUCUAGUGGGAGAGCUUCAUAAGGUAGAUGGCACCUCUGAAACCCCACAAUCUCAGCUUGCUGGACAUGGUAGCCCAAUGACUGAUGCUUCUGAUAAAGACUUUAAAGAUCAAUGCCACAGAGAUGUCUAUAAGAAGAGAAAGACAUUGCCGCGAUGGACUCAACAAGUUAGUGUUUGCUCAGGAACUGGUUUAGGAGCUCUUGAUGAUGGUUAUUGUUGGAGAAAAUAUGGGCAGAAAGACAUAUUGGGAGCUAAUUUUCCAAGAGCAUAUUACAGAUGCACUCAUAGAAAUGCACAAGGCUGUUUAGCAACAAAGCAAGUCCAGAGAUCUGAUGAAGAUUCUUCAAUCUUUGAGAUAACAUACCGAGGACGACAUACCUGUAUCCAAACAUCUCAGGUCACCCCAUCCUUGGCCCCAAUCCGAAAAGACUGUCCAAAACAGAACAAAUAUCAGCCACAGCCACACCAAGAAGAGGAAAAUCAGAGUUGUGAAUUUGAAACAGAGAAAGUGAAAACUGCGGAAUUGGGAAUCGUGAAGGAAAAUUUUCCUUCAUUUUCCUUUCCUUCUGCAGAAACUGAAUCUGAAAAUGUAGAAACCAACAUUUUUCCAGACUCCCUGAAGGAAAAGAAUUUCUUGGCUAGUGAUUCCCCGGCAUUUGUCUCUCCAGAGACAUCUGAGUCCGAUUAUUUCUCGAUGUUGCCAAUCCAAAUGGAAAACUUCGAGUUCUUCCAGAACUUACGACAUUCAGAAUCUGAUCUUGCUGAGAUAAUGUCAGCUCGAACUUCAGUCUCCAAUUCUCCCACCAUUGCAGCAGACUUGGAUUUCCCACUUGGUUUUGAUUUUGAUCCAAAUUUCACAUUUGACACGUCUGAAUUCUUCGCUUAACUUCGCGGAGAUUCAUCCCACCAAAAUACCCAAAUAUCCAUUCAAGAAAGAAAAAGAAAAUGACGAAAACAUAGAGAGGUUGUGAUGAUCCUAGCCGGUACUAAAAGAGAGAUGAGAGAGAAUGUUUCAUACGAGUAUGACAUUCGAAUAUGGUACCUGAAAGUCUCCUAUGGAUCUGGCUUAAGAGAGUUUCUCUUUUCUUAGGUAGUUGUAGUUGAAGAUUGAUAAUGUGAAAUUUCACUGUUGGUGUAUUUUAAUCUUUUUUUUCUUUUUUUGUGUGUGUGUGUGUUAAUUUGGUCCUUGUUUUUUGGCUGAAGAUUAGAAAUCUCUGCUUUAACAUGUUGGACUGAAGUUUUGCCCAUUGUACGAUGUUUUAAUUAAUCAAUUGAGUUGAAUCUUAUCGAUUUUAAUUUGA